AUGCCUGCCCCUGGCGACCACAAGGCAUACAUGCAGCUCGCGCUGCAGGAGGCGCAAAAGUCUCCUCCAAAAUCAACAAACUUCCGUGUAGGCGCGCUGGUCGUGGACCCCUCGUCAAACCAAAUCCUCGCAACUGGCUACACCCUUGAACUGCCAGGCAACACACACGCGGAGCAGUGCUGCUUCAUGAAGCUUGCAGAGCAGCGUGGCGUUUCUGAGGAGCAUCUUUCUAAGGUAUUGCCACCUGGAUUGAUUCUCUACACAACUCUUGAGCCCUGCUCUGAACGUUUGAGUGGAAAUCUUCCCUGUGUUCAGAGGAUACUCCGUCUGGCUGGGCGCAUCACUACAGUCUUCGUUGGAGCCCUCGAGCCUGAGAAGUUCGUGGCAGAAAACACCGGGAGAAAGAUCCUCACCGAUGCUGGUAUCAAUGUUGUCCAAGUUGGAGGGUUGGAGAAGGAAAUCCUUAAGGUUGCGACGGCGGGACAUAUCAAGUCCUGA